AUGAAUGAUAUACAUAAUUUAACACCAUACGAUUAUAGUAAUAAUAAUACUACUAAUACUAAUACUACUAAUCAAGAUUUAUCAAAUUUACCAAUAAAACGAAGUCGAUUAGAUCCUCAUCAUCAGCAUCAUCAACAUUCAACAGAAUUCAUUCAUGAAACAGUGGAAACCGCUUUGAUCAGACCGGAAAAUGAUAGUCGCGACGACAAUAACAAUAAUGAUAAAGACAAAGUGGAAAUAUAUGAUACCGGAAUUAAAUUCACUUCUAGUCAUGAAUGUCAACAUCAAGAAUCGGAUAAAACAUCAUUAUCAUCAGCCAUGUCAUCGUCAUCGACAACAAUAACAACACAACAAACAUUAUCCAAUACAAAUGUAAAUCAUCAUAAAUGUAAUUCAUACUUGACUAAUGAAAAUAAUCAUCAUCAUCAACAUUUGGAUGAAUAUCAACAACAAACAAAUAGAAUAGAUAAUGAGCAAGAUACACAAGUUCAACUUCAAUUGAAUAAUCAUGAUUCAGAUGAUAACUUUGUGUUUAUGCUUGAUGAAAUACAUUUAAUGAGACGGUUAUAUAAUAAUAAUAAUAAUAAUCAGUGUUCAGAGACUGUUCAGAGUAUGAUCUAA